AUGUCUGUAGUAGGCUUCGAUUUCGGUAAUAUAAACAGUUUCAUCGCUGUGGCACGUCAAGGCGGUAUCGAAACGAUUGCCAAUGAUUACUCUUUGAGAGCCACUCCAUCGUGUGUAGCAUUCACAACUCGAGGGCGUUCGAUGGGUGUUGCCGCUCGACAGCAGUUGAAUACGAACAUUAAAAACACCAUUAUCAAUUUUAAACAUCUUUUGGGACGAAAAUUUAGUGACCAAGUUACCCAAAAAUACCGAAAGUUUAUACCAUGUGAAAUGAUUCAGUUACCUAACGAUGAUAUUGGAUUAAAGGUUCAAUAUUUUAACGAAGAACGUGUUUUUACCCCAGAACAAGUGGUAGCAACAUUUCUAGUUAAAUUGAAGGAUAUCACGGAAAACAGUUCUCACGCAAUGAGGAAUGUUGCCGAUUGUGUUGUUUCGGUUCCAUUUUAUUUUGCUGAUACUCAGCGGCGCGCUUUGCUGACAGCCAUCCGAAUAGCAGGCUUAAAUUGCUUACAGAUUCUCAACGAAACUACAGCUGUUGCUCUCGCAUAUGGUAUUUAUAAACAGGAUUUACCGGCAGAAAACGAACCAUCUCGGAUUGUAGCAUUUAUCGACAUAGGACAUUCUGCUGCGCAAGCUGUCCUUGUUGCAUAUAACAAAGGCAAACUCACUGUACUUGGUGCAACAUUUGAUCUCGAAGUUGGUGGCUUGGCUUUUGAUGAUGUGAUACGAGAUUACUUCAGCAAACUGUUUUAUGAUACCUAUAAGAUCGAUGCUGCAAGUAAUAAACGGGCAUGGUUCCGGCUUCUUGAUGAAUGCGAAAAGAUUAAAAAGCAAAUGUCGACAAAUAGUACAGCUAUACCGCUGAAUAUUGAAUGUUUCAUGAACGAUAUCGAUGUCACUGGAAAGAUUCAACGUUCGCAAUUCGAAGAGCUCGCACAGCCACUUCUAGAUCGCGUGCGUAUUUUGUUGACAAAUUUGCUUAAAGAAUGUGGAAAAAAAGCAGAUGAAGUGGAGUCGGUUGAAUUGAUCGGCGGUACAUCUCGCAUUCCAGCCAUCAAAAAGAUUACUUCUGAAGUGUUCGGGAAAGAACCGAAAACUACGAUGAAUCAGGAUGAGGCUGUAGCUCGAGGUGCUGCGAUGAAGUGUGCUAUUCUUUCGCCAGCAUUUAAAGUUCGAGAUUUUUCAGUUAAAGAUAGUCAGCCAUAUAGAAUCAAACUUUCAUGGGCAGCAAUCGGACAAAGUGAAGGAGGCGAGAAUGAUGUAUUUAUUGAGCAUGAUGAAUUUCCUUUUUCCAAAAUGCUUACGCUUUAUCGACAGGAACCAUUUCAAGUUGAUGCUAGUUAUUCAUAUCCUAAUCAAAUUCCACAUCCGAUACGACAUAUGGGUUCAUGGAUCAUUAAAAAUGUUACACCUGGGCCAAACAACGAACCAAGAAAAGUGAAGGUGAAAGUUCGAAUCAAUCCCAAUGGUAUAUUCUCGGUCUGUUCUGCGAACACUUUCGAAGUGGAAGCAGCUCCACUUGAUACUCAGACUCAAAAAGCACCUGAAGCAAUGGAAACUGAUGAUACUAAAGGAAAUCAAGAUAAGGAAGAAAAAACAGAUACAGCAACUAAUAAUGUCAUACCUGCUGCUGAGGAUCAAAAAUUGCUGAAUAGUAAUGGACCGAAAACUAAGACAAUUACAGUGGAUUUACCGGUUGAAGAACAUGUCCCAUAUAUUAUUGCCAACGAACCGCAGUUAAUACAAUUUGAGAAGGAAAUGCAAGGAAAAGAUCGAGUGGAAAAAGAAAAAGCAGAUGCAAAAAAUGCUGUUGAAGAAUAUGUGUAUUAUAUGCGAGAUAAAUUAUCAGAUGUCUUCGCAGAAUUUAUUUCAGAUGAUGAUGCCGAGAAAUUGCGAGAAUUACUAACCAGAACAGAAAACUGGCUCUACGACGAGGGAGAAGAUGUCGAAAAGAAAAUAUACGACACCAAGAUGUCUGAGCUGAAGAAACUGGGUGACCCUGUUCAGGAACGGCAUCAUGAAUAUGAAAAUCGAAAGAAUGCUUUCGAUGAAUUUGAUCGAGCUAUUAUUAGAGCGCGUAAGGCUUACGAUGAGUACACAAAAGGAAGUGAGAAAUAUGCACAUCUUGGAUCAAGUGACAUGGAAAAGGUGAUAUCUGCAGUGGAAGAGAAAAAAAAAUGGGUGGAUGAUCAAAGAAGUCGUCAGGAAAUGCGCAAGAAAACUGAACCCCCAAUCGUUUUUGUUUAUCAGAUAAAGGAUGAACAGCAGAAAUUUGAAAGUAUUAUUUUACCGAUAUUAAAUAAACCAAAGCCAUCGCCAGCAAAAGCGGAGGCUACAAAGGAACAAGAAAAAGGAAGUGAAGGUCAAAAAGCGGAGAAUCCACCUUCUGAUCAGGCACCGAAAACUGAUGCUAACGAUGUAAAUGAGCUUGGAAUGGAUGUCGAUUGA